AUGAAAGGGGUAAAUAGGAACAAAAGUUAUUUCAAGAAAAUCUAUCUAUCUAUCUAUCUAUCUAUCUAUCUAUCUAUCUAUCUACAGAAUUAUCGUAUUUACAUUCAUCGUCUAUUCCUGUUCCGUUAUACCAUCCUUGUUAAACGAACAGGAAUCAUAGUAACAGCGCUUUUUCAUUGGUUGUUCAAGUCACGUGUUCGUUCUUUUGCAAUCAUGGUCGUCGGGCGGAAGACCGGUGUUAGCGUCAAAGACGUUGAUCAACAUGAAUUCACUAAGGCUCUGUCCACCUUUCUUAAAAGAUCAGGAAAAAUGAAGAUUCCUGACUGGAUUGAUAUUGUCAAAUUGGGAAGAUUUAAUGAACUGGCACCUUAUGAAGAAGAUUGGUUUUUCAUCAGAGCUGCUUCAGUUUGCAGACAUCUCUACAUCAACUCACCUGUUGGCGUUGGAGCUUUUACAAAGAUUUAUGGUGGUCGUAAGAGGAAUGGAACAGUUCCCAGUCACUUCUGUCCUAGUUCAGCAUCAAUUGCACGAAGAGUGUUGCAAGCUUUGGAGAACCUUAAGUUAGUUGAGAAAGACCCAACUGGUGGCCGGCGCCUCACUUCACAAGGUCGUAGAGAUUUAGACAGAAUUGCAUCUCAAAUCAAAUUCAAAAAUACUAAAUCCUCUAAAUCAACUGCAACUUCUGCUUCAGUGCCAAAGGCUCCCAAAAAAUAA